GUCGCCAGUCCUCGGUCUGUUCCUUCGCGGGCUGCUUGGCAUCUCGAACUGUCCGCGGCUGCUGCCGCCCCCUCCUCCUCCACCCUCGUCUGCUCCUCCUCUUCGGCUGGCCGCUCGAUGUCCGUGAGCUCCCUACGGAGGCCCUCCAAACAGCCCCUUGCCCUGGGCUGUUCCGUCUUCCUGUUGGUCCUCCCUCUUCCAACACUUAACCCUCCUGGUUGCACUAGCCGCACAUCCAGCGAGAGACCUUUAGAGACGACCCUGCCUGCCCUUAGGGUGCCUGCCCAGGGCUGAGGCUACCUAGCUCCUUCCCAUCCUUUGGGGGCAGCCUUUACUCCCAGGGCUGUCUGGCUCCUCGAGACCAUUAAGGGUGCGGAGUUCUUGAGGCACUGCGAUUCUGCAGCUUGAAGCCAUGGCCUUGGUUUCCUGGGGCUCCUGGCUGGGGCCUCUCUACUGUAGCCACCUCCCCUCUUGGGGACCCGGAGCCUGUUUUCAUCUCUGCCGCCCCUUAUAACCGCAGAUGUAGGUGUCCAUCAAGCCCGCAGGGUCUGCCACAUGUGAUGAAAGUCGGGGAAGGCACUGCCAUGGCUUCCCCACUGCCCCAGGAGAUGGGGGAGGAGCUGGCGCCUGUUGGCUCGGAGCCAGGUGACCCUCGGGCUAAGCCCCCUGUCAAGCCCAAGCCCCGGGCCUUGCCCAGUAAGCCAGCUCUGCCUGCCAAGCCCAGCCUCCUGGUUCCUGUUGGGCCUCGGCCUCCUCGGGGUCCCCUGGCUGAGCUGCCUUCUGCCCGGAAGAUGAACAUGCUGGCAGGACCCCAGCCCUAUGGUGUUAGCAAGCGACCCCUCACGUUUGCCCCAAGGCCUACAGCUGAGGCACCUGCUGGAGGAGAAGUUACCCAAGAGUCUGGGAAAGAGGAUUCUGGGAAAGAAGACUUACCCCCUUUAACACCCCCAGCUCGGUGUGCUGCCCUGGGAGGUGUGCGGAAGGCCCCUGCCCCCUUCCGCCCCUCCUCUGAGCGGUUUGCAGCCAGUACGGUAGAAGAGAUCUUGGCCAAGAUGGAGCAGCCUCGGAAGGAGAUCCCUGCUAGCCCUGACCGCCUCUGGGGCUCCCGCCUCACUUUUAACCAUGAUGGAAGCUCUCGAUAUGGUCCUAGGACCUAUGGUACCCCUGGACCCAGAGAGGAUGAUAAGACCCCUGCCAAAGGACAGUCCCAGGAGGGGACAGCAAAGUCUCCAGCAGAGUACCUGGAGGAACAUAGCAAGACUCCCGAGGAGAGGAGCCUCACUUCUGGCCUGGCAAUGAACGGGGACCUGGCUAAGCUGACGAGCGCUGAGCCACCUACCGAUGUUUCCAAGACCCGGACCACCCCAAGUCCAGGCCCCCUUUCAGAGCAUGGAGGCUGCACCAGCACAGUCUUUCCGGCAAUCGAGUCCAUCCCAGCCUCCGAAUCUCCCCGGCUUCCAAGCCACCAGAGUUCUCCCCACCAUUCUCAAUUUCCAGAAACCCAGAGUCCUGCGACUCCUGCGGCUUCAGUUUGCCCCCCUGUGACUCCAGCAUCCCCCAGUGCUGCCUUGCCUGAUAAGCAUCCCUGCCCUCCCCCCAGCAAAGAGCUACCUGCUGAGGCAACCCCAGAAACCCUCAGACCCAAUAGCUCUCCUGUGGAGACAGGCUCAGGGCACCAUAGCCCAGAGCAGCCCCUGGUUGAGGGGGCCGAGCUGCCAGACCUUACCUCCUUCCCACAUGGGGAGGAGACAGCAGGCCGGAGCUGCUCAGAACCCCGUCCCAGCAGCCUGGCUCAGCGCCGAUUCUCAGAAGGGGUGCUGCUUCGGCCACCUAGCCAGGACCAAGAGAAGCUGGGAGGCUCACUGGCUGCUCUGCCCCAAGACCAGGGGAGCCAGUCAGCCUUAGAUCGUCCCUUUGGAAGUGGGACCGAGUCUAACUGGAGCUUGUCACAGUCGUUUGAGUGGACCUUCCCCACCAGGCCCUCAGGUCUGGGUGUGUGGCGGCUGGAUUCCCCACCCCCGUCUCCCAUUACAGAAGCCAGUGAGGCAGCUGAGGCAGCCGAGGCUGCUGAGGCUGGCAAUUGGGCUGGAUCCAGCAGGGAAGAAGGAGUGUCCCAGCUGGGACUAGGAACCCCACCAGUUCCAGAGAGCCUAGAAAGGCCUAUUUCUGGGGUUCAGGGAAAUGAUCCAGGUGUCUCCCUACCCCAGAGAGACGAUGUAAAGAGUCAGCCUCAGUCCCCGGCUGUUCUCCCCUCUACAGUUGAGGGCCCAUCUAGAACCCCCUUACUUCAGGCAGAGGAGAGCUGUGAGGACCAGGAACCGCUGGCGGAGCAGGAGUCUCCCAUCACUUUGGCCACCAGGGAAGCAGCCCUGCCUGUUCUGGAGCCAGUACUGCGACAGCAACAUCCGACACCCCCUGACCAACCCUGCAUCCUCUUUGUUGAUGUGCCCGGUCCUGGGCAGGCAUUGCCUUCUGAGGAGGAGGUGGUGACCCUAGGCUGGGCAGAGACCACCCAACCCAGGACAGAGGCUCAGGACCCUUGUAGGGUGUCCCCAGAGCCUACAGGCCCUGAAAGCAGCUCUCGCUGGCUGGAUGAUCUCUUGGCAUCACCGCCUCCCAACUCAGGCAGUGCAAGGCGGGCAGCUGGAUCUGAGCUGAAGGAUGCACAGUCACCGAGCACCUGCUCCGAGGGACUCCUUGGCUGGGCCCAGAAAGACCUGCAGAGUGAAUUUGGGGUUGCAGCAGACUCCCAUCCCAGCAGCUUUGGCCCUUCUAGCUGGUCUCAAGAUGCUUCUCAGAACUACAGCCUUGGAGACCGGAGUCCUGGUGGAGACCCAGGCCCUGGGAGUAGAGACUGGAGCAGCAAGUGUGGGCAAGGAUCUGGGGAGGGGAGCAACAACAGGGAGUGGGCCAGUAGAUGCAGCCUUGGUCAAGAGGUGAUAGGAGCCCCUGGCAGCCAGGAUGCGAGCAAAGUGUCUGUCCAUGAAUGGGCAGUGGGGAAGCCAGCUCAGCUUGGCACUCAGGGCCUGGAGGCUGAUACACAGGAAUGGGAAUUCGGGAAGAGAGAUCCCCAGGGCACUUACUCUAGCCGUGACAAAGAGCUCCAGGACCAGGAGUUCGGGAAGAGAGAUUCCUAUGAGAAGGGUCAAGAAUUGGGGCUGAAGGACCUCUCUGGUAGUUAUAGCAGCCAAGAUGCUGAGGAGCAGGACCGGGAGUUUGAGAAGCGAGAUUCUGUGCCUGACAUCCGUGGCAGCCGGGCCACAGCCCAGCAGGACCAGGAGUUCGGGAAGAGUGCUUGGUUACAGGAUUACAGUGGUGGUGGGUCAAGGGCCCUCAGCUCACAGGACCGAGGAUUUGGGGCACGAACCCUGAGCUCUGGGUUCAGCCCCGAAGAAGCUCAACAGCAGGAUGAAGAGUUUGAGAAGAAGACCCCAAGUGGCGAAGACAGGUUUCGUGAGGCCAGCAGGGACACGGGCCAACGGGAGGAAGGAGACUCUGGGGGCCUGCUGAGCCCCAGCACACCUCAGUUGCAAGAUGGAGCCAUCAGGCUGAAAGACCAGGGCAACUGGCAAGAUGGCGAUUCCAACCAGGAGGUCCCAGGGCUGCAGGGGCCAAUGCAGGCAGGGAGUCAGAGCCCUAGCAGUGCUGACUUGGAAGACAGAGAAAUAGGGCAGCGAGGCUGGACUGGGGAGUUCGGCCUUGGUGUUACAACCCAGUCGGAGGCAGCAUUUAGUCCAGGGCCUCAAGGUUGGAGCAGGGACUUAUGCGUGGAGGCUGCUAAGAGUAGCUCUCAGUUUGGCAUCAUUGGUAAAGACAGAGUGAGUGGUGCUGGCCUCAGCCCCUCCGAGAAGAUUGGAGGUGGCCACUUUGUGCCACCUGGAGAGACCAAGGCUGGUGCUGUGGACUGGACUGACCAGCUAGGUCUCAGGAACUUAGAAGUGUCUAGCUGUGUGAGUUCCAAGCGCUCAAGUGAGGCCAGAGAGAAUGUUGUGGGACAAAUAGGCUGGUCAGACGGCCUGGGCUUGAACAAUGGGGAUCUGGCCGGUCAUUUGGGAACUGGAGGUGUUGAAGAGCCCAGGGGGAUGGGAGUUGUGGAGAAGGACUGGCCUUCUGACGUGGAGGUGAGGAGCAGAGAUUUGCCAGGGCCAGGAGAGGUAGGAGGGCACAGCCAGGCCAGAGAGAGUGGUGUGGGGCAGCCCGACUGGUCAGGUGUGGAAGCUGGAGAGUUCCUUAAGUCAAGAGAGCGAGGAGUUGGACAGGCAGAUUGGACACCUGAUCUUGGAUUGAGAAACAUGGCCCCUGGGGCAGGCUGCAGCCCCGGAGAGCCCAGGGAACUCGGUGUGGGUCAGGUAGACUGGGGUGACAAUCUAGGUCUGAGGAAUUUAGAGGUGUCCUGUGACCUAGAGUCAGGAGGUUCUCGGGGCUGUGGAGUUGGGCAGAUGGACUGGACCCAGGACUUGGGACUCCGGAACCUCAAUCUCUGUGGGGCCCCAAGUGAAGUUAGGGAGUGUGGGGUAGGGAGAGUGGGCCCUGGCCUAGAGCUAGAUCUUAAGAAUAGUGGCAGUUUGUCCCCUGGUUUGGAGAAUGAAGACCCCUUGGAGGCCAGGGAGCUGGGGGUUGGCGAGACAAGUGGGCCAGAGACGCAAGGUGAAGGCAGCUCCUCACCUUCCUUUGAGACCCAUCCUGAAGACACUGGAAUGGAUACAGAAGAAGCCCUGGGCUUGGGAGCCAGCAGGUGCCUGGCUCGCUCCCCACCUUCCGGCUCCCAGAGCCUUCUGGAGGGGAUAAUGGCAGCCAGCAGCUCAAAGGUAGCUACUCGAAGGGAAUCAGCAGCUUCAGGCCUCAGGGUUCUGUUGGAGGAGGAAGGAGCCACUGCAGGUGCUGGCCAAGGGGAACCUGAGGAGUCUAGCAGAGAUCCUUUGCCUUCCUCGAGGCCUCAGCCUGAUGGUGAAGCCAGCCAGGUAGAAGAGGUGGAUGGCACCUGGAGUCUUACAGGGGGGGCUAGGCAAGAUGAGCAGGGGUCAGCCCUGCCCCCCCGACGGCCUCCCAGAGGACCUCUGCCCAGCUGCCCCAGUGAGGACUUCUCCUUCAUAGAGGACACUGAGAUCCUUGAUAGUGCCAUGUAUCGGAGUCGUGCCAACCUAGGGCGCAAGCGAGGACACCGGGCCCCAGCCAUACGGCCUGGGGGUACCCUGGGUCUGUCAGAGACAGCGGACUCGGAUACUCGGCUGUUCCAAGAUUCAACAGAGCCAAGGACUUCCCGGGUACCGUCUUCAGAUGAGGAGGUAGUGGAGGAGCCUCAGAGCCGCCGGACACGGAUGUCCUUGGGCACCAAAGGGCUGAAAGUCAACCUAUUUCCUGGCCUGAGUCCAUCAGCUUUGAAGGCUAAGCUGCGCUCCCGGAAUCGCUCAGCCGAGGAAGGGGAGGUGACAGAGAGCAAAUCAAGCCAGAAGGAGUCCUCCAUCCAUCGUUCUAAGUCCUGCAAGGUCCCGGGGCUGGGGAAACCCCUUACAUUACCCCCCAAGCCAGAAAAAUCCUCAGGGUCAGAAGGAUCAUCGCCCAACUGGCUACAAGCCCUUAAGCUGAAGAAGAAAAAGGUCUGAUCAGAGGCCAAGGUCCUUCCAUCUGGCAGUCUCAGGCAGUGCCAUUCCUGUGGGGUCCCCAAGUGAGGAGACAGCUGGAGCCCCGCUAAGGCUCAGACUGCGGCCUCCUUCCCCCUCCACUUCUGAGGAGUGUCUGGGAGGCACAUUUAUGCACUUUGUACCACCGUCCCAACUUCUUCCACACCUUCCUUCCCGGCCCGAUUCCCUUACCUAGUGGUGGGAGGUUUGGGCCCUUCCUUCCCUCACUCUUCCCUUCACCCUCUUUGCUUCCUUCUUCCGCUUCCCCUGGGUUUUCUUUUGAUACCAAUUUAUAGCAUUUUUUAUAAAAGCUUUUGAUUUUUGUAAUGGGUGAGCCCCCCCCCCAAACCCUGCCCUCCUUCCCGCUAGGUGCCCCACAGAGACCAAUGACAUUUUACCACUUGAAAUAAUGAAUAAAGUUUUUUGGGAAUUGG